AUGAACACAAUCGUCUUCGGUACCCCUCGCCCAAAGGUUACUCAACGUUUCAGGCACGUACACCCCUUUUGCCCGCCUCUUAGAGCCCCUACUGACGCCCCCAGGCCACCCCUCGGCGAAUCCGCUACUGCUGGCAAUCGAGGCCGCAAGCGAGCCCAACAGCUACCUACUACUGCUCAUAAACGCGUUAGAAAGGCCCUCAAAAAGAGCCCGAACGGAUACUCACACCAAACGCGUCCGGUUCAGGCACGCCACCCCUCGGCGAAUCCGCUACUGCUGGCAAUCGAGGCCGCAAGCGAGCCCAACAGCUACCUACUACUACUCAUAAACGCGUCGAUACCCUCGCACUCAGUUAAACAAGAGGAGGAUCUACAACAGGCGAAUGCGGAGAACACUACGGAGACAGUCAUCAGCAGCAGUAACACAACAGGCCUACUCUCCACGGUCUCACACCAAUCCACUCAGCCAGUGCAAGAGAAGUCAAUACAGCAGGCGAAUACGGAGAACACUACGGAGAAACCAAGCGGCAACAAGGCCCCCAGCACCAAGAACACGGCUCAGCUCUCCAAGAUCCCACGUCAUAUGCUCUCCACGGUUCCACAUCAAAUCAUCACUCAGCAAGCGGAGAACACCACUGCAACUUAG